AUGGAUCUUCGUAUUCGUAAAUAUUUAUCAAAAGCUCAGACGAACAAAGAUCUUGUGUCUUUGAAGAAAGCGUAUGAUCUGAUAAGAGUCUCAGAUCUGACAGUAUCUGAUUGUGGAUAUAAUCACUAUGAGUUCUGUCUUCUGUGUGCUGAACAAUCUCUACAGCUCGGCUGUAGGAACAUCGCUCAGGACUGUAUAAUGAUGUUUAUGAAUGGAAAACCUCCAGCUAAUCAGUUACUGGGUCGAGCGUAUCUGUGUCAGGCUCAGCUUGUCUCUCAACACAACACUACUAAAGUGAAGGACUUGGAUAAGGCUGUGAUGUGGUAUCUAAAGGCAAUUGAGUUUGCUAAAGUCAAGCCAAGAUAUCACUUCUUGGUGUAUAACGCGUCACAGUUAUAUCUUCAGACAGUUCGGCUAUUCCUGAGACCUGGUCAGCGUCAGCACCUUGUGUCUUCUCUUACACAGGUGGUCAAAGCUCUUGAGGAGAUUCAGGAACCUGACCAUAAAUGGAGGGCUGAACUAAUGCUGCAGCUUAUUGUAUGCCUGUGUGAUGCUGGGAAAGAACAGGAAGCAGCUGAUUUCGCCAAGGUCACCUCAGAUUUUAUAAAGUCACAUAAAGUAGAGGUUUAUCCCAGGCUUUUUACUAUACAGGUUCGACACAACCUCAUAGAUGAGUCUGACAUGUUGAAUAUUAAAAAUCCCAAACUGCUUAUGAUCUACAAGAUUGAAAAGCUCAAGCGCAUGGUUGAAGCUAAUAAAAUGAAAAAAGAUGACUUUGUGACACUAAAGGAAACUUUACUACUGCUGACAUCUGACUCCCAGAACUGCAGUCCUUCACCUAAAGCCCAGAGCUCCAGUCCUCCACCUGAAUCCCAAAGCUUCAGUCCUCUACCUAAAGCCCAGAGCUCCAGUCCUUCACUUGAAGCCCAGAGCUCCAGUCCUCCACCUGAAGCCCAGAGCUCCAGUCCUCCACCUGAAUCCCAAAGCUUCAGUCCUCCACCUAAAGCCCAGACCUCCAGUCCUCCACCUGAAUCCCAAAGCUUCAGUCCUCUACCUAAAGCCCAGAGCUCCAGUCCUUCACUUGAAGCCCAGAGCUCCAGUCCUCCACCUGAAGCCCAGAGCUCCAGUCCUCCACCUGAAUCCCAAAGCUUCAGUCCUCCACCUAAAGCCCAGACCUCCAGUCCUCCACCUGAAUCCCAAAGCUUCAGUCCUCCAUCUAAAGCCCAGAGCUCCAGUCCUACACCUAAAGCCCAUAGCUCCAGUUCUCCACCUGAAGCCCAGAUCUCCAGUCCUCCACUUGAAUCCCAAAGCUUCAGUCCUCCACCUAAAGCCCAGAGCUCCAGUCCUCAACCUGAAGUCCAGAGCUCCAGUCCUCUGCUAGACCCCAAGAGCUCCAGUCCUCCACCUAAAGCCCAGAGUUCCGGUCCUCAACAUGAUGUCCAAAACUCCAUUCCUCUGCUAGACCCCAGGAGCUCCAGUCCUCUACCUGAAGCUCAGAGCUCCAGUCCUCCACCUAAUGCCCAGAGUUCCGGUCCUCAACAUGAUGUCCAAAGCUCCAGUCCUCCACUAGACCCCAAGAGCUCCAGUUCUCCACCUGAAGUUCAGAGCUCCAGUUCUCCAUCUGACCCCCAGAGCUCCAGUCCUCCACCUAAAACGCAGAGUUACGGUCCUCAACAUGAUGUCCAAAGCUCCAGUCCUCCGCUAGACCCCAAGAGCUCCAGUUCUCCACCUGAAGUUCAGAGCUCCAGUCCUCCACCUGAAUCCCAGAGCUCCAGUCCUCCACCUGACCACCAGAGCUCCAGUCCUCCAGCCAACAUUGACAGCUCUGGUCCUGUUCUGGAUCACAGUUCCUAUAUCUCAUUGACUGACAGGAUUGAUUUUUUGUUGGAAUUGGCUUUCCUGUCCCUGCAGUUAGAGCAGCAUCAGGUGAUGUCCGACUGUCUAAUGUGGCUCAGAAACACAGACCUAACUGUCAGGCAGCGUAUAAUGAUGGAGUGUCUGCAGUGUUGCUGUGACCUCAGCAAGCAGAGAGACAGAAUUGAAAAUCACCCCAGACCCAGUGUGGAGUUGAAUGUUGUACGCAGACUGGACGCGUUACUGCAGACUGCACUCAGAGACAGAGACGCUAGGGUGAUCCAAACUGUGUGUGUGGCUCAGUGGAACACAUGUUUGCCCCUCCUAAAACCAAAUCUCAGAAAGAAGAUCAAAAAACCUCUUAGUUCCCUCGCACGAGCGCUGGAGGGCAUAGACAGCUCGAUGCUGGAUGUGUUAUGCGAGAUUCAUGCUGAUUUGGCUGAUAUAGAGGAGGAAGAUGACAGACUGGAAGCUGCUAUGAAACAUGUUGAGAGAGCCCUGCAGCUUGAUCAGAAAGGACUUUACACUGAACAUCUCUCCUUCACUUUACAUCUCCUACAGCUGCGCUCCUCUCCUCACAUCACACCCAAACGCCCUGAGGAGCGAGCCGCUCAGCUUAUACAGCAGACUAGGGAUGCCCAAGGGUGUGGGACAAACAGGCCUCUGUUGGUUAGUGCUGGAAUCACUCUUGCACCUGAUGCUUUCCGUAUGGUGCUGGAUGCUGACAAUACAAUGAAAGGUACUGAAGCACAAGGACACCUUGCACAGCUGGCUGCUAAAGCCCAGAACUACACCGCCUGUGUUCAGAAGGUCGAAGGUCAUUUGAUUGGGCUUGACAAGAACUCAGAUGAUCGAGAGAGGGUGAAGUUGUGGGCAUUGCUGGCCAAAACCGCAUGGAAAUAUGAAGUUUAUGACGUGUGCAGGGCAGCUUGUCGGUUUUGCCUGCUUUAUGAUGACGGUCGAUGGAAAAACUCAAGAAAAGAGCGCCCAGUUAAGAGAAAACGCACACAAGAGAAGACAGAAACAGAUGUGUUACGUCUGCUGGCUGAAGUUAAUUUCAUCAAUGCUGAGGUAACUGUCCUAAAACUUCAUUCAGAAGGUGUGGAACUGAAUGCUUCUCCUGUACCUCCUGAAGAUAAACUCUCACCUGAGGAUGAUGUCCACUGGACCCUGUACAGUGACUGGAUCAAGGAUUUAUCUGCUUAUGCCACAGCUAACUUCCUUCGAGGGGCAGAGCUCGGGGCAGAGCUCAAUGAAGCCUGGUUGGUAGCAAAUGUAGCUGUAAAGCUGUGGAGCUACAACAGGUGGCUGUUGGCCAGCAAAGGGCAUCGACUUCUGUUGCCCACAUACAGUCGCUUAUUAGAAUUCCACAGACAGACAGGGGGUGCUGGGGACGUGGAUUCUCUGGUUCUGUUAUGUGACGCCGUGGCUCAGGGUCUCAUCACACCAGCACAUGCCGAUCAGGAGCCGGAUGACAACGAGAAGAAAGUCACGCAGCUUCCAGAUAAAAAGGCGAAAAAAGGAAGAGGAAAGGCUGUAGAGAAAUCCAGCUCUGCCAACGGCCUGCAGUUUGACGCGAUGGAGGAUGCGAAAAAAGCUUUGGAGGUCUGUGAUUAUGCACUGCUGAUGUCCAAUGGGAACACAGAGCCUGUGUCCAUCGAUGUGAGGAAACAGCUCAUUAGUACAUGGGUGAAAGUUAAACUACUGCUUCAGCAGCAGAUUGGACAGGAGCUGAACAUCAGUGAUCAGAGUCAAAACAAGGCCGUGACAGCGAUGUCUCGUGUGCUGGUUGGUGUGGAGAUGCUGCACUGUAACACAAACACCAAACUGAUGAAGUUUACAGUUCCCAGUCUGUCUGUGUUAGUACAGAUGGCACAAGACUGUCAGUGGUCCAGCUCUAUUGUGGAGUUAUAUGUAUGGACGCAGCUCGCCCUGUUCGCCCAUCAGACACUUGACCAUGACAUCAUCAUGACCUGCACCCAUAAUGCACUGCAGAUGGAGCAGACCGCAAUAAACAGUCUGAAUAUGAGCCCUUACGCUCUGUUUGAUGUGCAUUCAGUACAGGAGAUGUUGUGCAGUGCUGCUUGUGUCAGAGGUCUGAGUUUGAUUCAUGAGGUCAGUGUUGUUGAUUCCAGCAGAUAUAUGACGGGUCUUGAGGCGCUUCAGUCCAGUGUCAGUUACGCAGAACAGACGGGCACAUGGUGUCUGUGUAUGAGAGCAGUGUGUUACUAUUGGAACGCCUGUGUGCCCCUACUGAACACCAGACAGAACAGAGGACAGCUUAAAAAAACACUGGAGCUCAUUCUGCAGGCUGUGAGAAACAUCUACACUAAACAUGUUACUGGCACACAAAGUAAGAUGGUAUCAAAAGUGAAGAGGACCAGAGCUCUGAUACACCCACCAGAUUUCACAAGUUUUGGUAUUUCUGGCAAUGAUCUGAAGGUGUGGUCCUCCAUGUACAUCGCACUCUUCCAUGUAUUUGCUGAUGAUGAAAAUCUAAGGAGAGGUCUGCAGGUGUUGGAUGAGGCUAUCAAAGUGAUGCCGCCCUCGACACAUCGACUUGUUGUGUUUAAGCAGCGUGUUCUGGUGAAGGCUCAGCUGGGAGAGAGUAUUGUGUUGGAUAUGAAACAGAUCUCUGAUGAAGAUGAGCUCAUGUGUUCUCGUCUGUGGCAUCGUGUAGCACUCUGUGUUAAAAACAAACAACAGAAACUGAUGUGUUAUCAGAACGCCAUUACAGCACUGAAGGAUCCUAGUUAUCAGUGGCAGAAGGUUGAGCUCCUCCUGGAGUUUGGAGAGUGGCUGUAUUUCACACACUUUCCUGAAACUGAUGCCCGUCUUCAGAUCGAUUGGGCCAUAGAUACCCUGAUGUUCACAAAGACAGACUCAAAGUUGACAUCUGAUGCAGUGGAUGCCGAUGAAGUGAAUCCACAUGGGCUGAAAAUGAACACUGUUGAGUCUGGUGUGUGUUUAUAUGAUGUGAGGGAGAUCAGACGUCUGGAAGGUUUGAUCAGAGCGCACACAAUGCUGGCUCUUAUGGAAGAGAGAUCUUCUCCCAAACACUGGCAGUACCUGCUUAUGGCCUUUAGCUUUACACGUCACAUCUGGAAGGUGUCCAUAGAAACAGCACAGGAAGUGAUGAAAGAAAAGUUGAGGAAUCGUUCAGCCGCUGCGAUCUCCUCCAGCUCUAGAAAAGACAAAGGCCGACCGGAUGAGAAGAAGCUUAAGCAGUCAUCCACUGUUGAGGUGAAACCCAGAGAUGAAGCUCCUGAGGUUUGUCUUCCCAUCAGCCCUGAGCAAUGGGCUCAGUUUGAGUGUCCAGAGGAGGUACGACAGGUUUUCUGUUAUGACAGCGGCCCGUACAGCAUCAACAGCGCCAACAUCUGUAUGCAGAGCCGAACUCUGUUUUAUUUGGACGUGUUGGUCAGAGAGUUGGAAUCGGCCGGUUUGAUCCCUUUGACUUUUGUCCCUCUUCAUUUGGCAGAGGUCAUCGCUCAUGACCUCAUCCAGAACAAGAAUCAGUCUGGUCUCUACCGUCUCAGGAUCAUCAAGAACUGUUAUGAGCUGGGCUUCAAGUCUCCAUACUGUGAAAGACUUCAGAGUUUCACACAGUUUUCAGAGGAGGAACAGACACAUGGCCGUAAGACAAUCAUCACUCAGAGAAAUAAAUCUCAAUCUGACAGCAACCUGAGAGAUGAGACGUCUGUAGAUGAAGGUGAUGUGAACAGAAGUCGUCUGGGUGUUUGUGACGUGUGUUUAGAGAAAGCUGAUAUUUGUCUUACUAUGAAUCUACAUGAAUCUACUAAAGUCCUGCUUACACGAGUUCAACUGUUAGCUGAGGAACAAGGUGACCAGAGGUCAUUGGCUAAGAGCUUACAGCUCCAGGCUGUCCUGGCCAACCAGGAGCAGAGAUACAGUGACGCUCUUGUGCUCCUUCAGCAAGCACAGGAAUUGGGUGGAGAAGAGACCUUCUGGUAUGAGCUGAUCCAGACGCUCCUGACAGCUGUAGCUGGACGAGGAGUACCAGAUGCACACCAUCAGGUGUGUGAGAUUACAGAUCAAGCCUGUAGAUCCUUCAGAUCAGUACUGGAACAGAGACAGAACCGAGCUGGGGUUCUGUGUUUCUUCAUCGCGUCACUUGAGACCAGAUGUGCAGUUUUGCGCAGACACCUGCUUUGUCCUGAUGGUCCUGCAUCUCCACUAAGUGAUUCAACAUUAGUGAUGAUGACAUCAGUCUGUGUUACACUAAAACACACUGCGUCAACACUGCUACAGCUGGGCUACAGGACAUGCACUGCAGACGUCACACUAGAACAUGCCAACACACUCAGAAUCUUGUCUGUGCAAACUGUGAAUGAAGAAGAGAAACAGCGCCACCUCCUGGAUGCUUUCUACCUCAUACAGUCGGCUGUGUCCCUUCAUGAGGAUGUUGUCUUUACCGUCUUAAACCUUCUGCCACCACAUCAGUCUGGUUGGUAUGAUCUUCCUGUGAUGCGCGCAUGUGUACGUCUAAGACUGGCUUUUGCUGAUCUCGCCCUGAUGAUGCUGGAGAUUCAAAGUGCAGAAGAGAAAAGAAGAGCCAUCACACGAGACAUGAUGACAUCAGAGGAAAGAGCAGUGGAAGAGUUCAUCAGGAGCAGCUCACAUCUUACUGAUCUCCAAACGGAGUGGGUCGGUGUAGGUCAAAGUCUCAGUCAGGUGAUUCUGACACAUCUCACUGCUGUGAAUUCUCUCUCUAUCAACUGCAUGGAGACCAGAGCUCGCUCACUUGCCAUGAUGGGAAGAUGUCUGAGAUAUUUAGCUCAUCAACAAGACCCAUUAUAUUCGUCUACAUUGUGGAAUGAGCCAAUCACGGAUAAUCACAGUGUGAAGAGAACACAAAGUGAAGAAGAGAAAGAGGAAGAACAUAAAACACAGCGGAAGCAGAACUACACAGACAAUAAACACAGUGCAGAGCUACAGAACCGCAGGAAGGCCGCUCAGUAUCUGUUGGCUCAGUCGAGUGAAAUGCUCGUUCAGUCUGUGACUCUGAGUUUACAGCACAAUCUUCUACAGUUGAUUCCUGGUGUCUGCUCAGAUCUACUGGAGUGUCAUGGUCAGUUUGACACCAGCACCAGCGGCCAGUACCUCGCCCUACUACAGAGCAGUGUGUGGUGUAAUGAGAUGUCGUCCGGCCAGCAUGCGGUAAAUUCUGAUGUCAGUGAGUCUGAUCUGAGGAGGAAUCUGAUCUUUUCGUCUGAUCACAGAUCCAGUGCUGUACUGGCAGCAGUAAGACAAGAGCAUGCGGGUCUCUUUCAGGUCCGCAGUCACCCGACCAUAAACCCAAACCACAUGAGGAUUUUGAGUGAAAUGCCUCCCAACAUGAAGAUCUUUCUGCUACAACACUCAGAUGAUGGAUCUGUGCUGUAUGGUGGUUUCUAUGAAAAGGUUAAAACUGCAGAGACUCCUAAAGGAAAGAGUGUAAACUCAAUAGGUGGUCUGAUCUGCUCUAAAGUUGUGAAAGUCUCGGUUCAACACUCAGAUCUUUUGCAGCUUCAUAAACAUCUGCAGGAUUACAAACUUGUGGAUGUGCGGACAAACUCACAUCAGACCAGCGAUGAUGUCUGCAGAGAGACCGAACACACAGAUGAAGAUGUGGAUUCUGUGUUCAGGUCAUUGAUAAAUGCGAUGGAGGACUAUUUGCAUCCUGUUCUCUCACAGUUUAACUUUUCGUGCCUUCGCGUGUGCUCUUCAUCGGUCCGUGUUGCUCCUGAUAAACCUCAGUCUGAAACUGAUGAGAGUUUGGUGAUUUUAGCUGACCGGAUGUUGUCAGAUCUGCCAUUGGAAUCUCUGUCAGCUCUACAGGUGAAUGGUAUCGGUCGUGUAUCUCGAGAUUUCUCACUGCAGGUUCUUCAUGAGCGUCUACAGACAGAUGAAGCUGUGAGAGUUUAAACUGCACGCUCUUCAUCUCUUCUCAUACAGUAAAUAUGACUACUGUAGAUCAACAGAUCUGAUACAUUAAUAACUGUGUGAUGAAGUCUGAUUAAAUAAUUCUUCAUUUAAUGAUCAAAAAAUUGAAUGAUGAAUUUGUACCACAUUUUCAGUAAUAAAACAUGUUUAAUAUCAAACAUUCUGCCAGGAUUUUUUAGUCUGUUAAUCUCUGGAAAAAUCAAACCUGUGGUUACGUUUUAUUAACUAUGUAAAUUUUCAAAUUUAGAGCUAAAUGCUUUGACACUUGAAGGUUUUCUCAUCUCUUACCUGUGCUGAUAUAUUCAUAUGUCAUUUAUAGAUUAUUGAGAACUGAAUAGUUCAGGUGAUGAAUGUAGAUCCUCAGAUAUAGUCUUUUGAAUGAGAAGUAGCCUAAAGUUCAUUGAUUUGUGGCACUGUGUCUAUGACUGAGAUGAGUGCAUAUCAUUACUGUUUAUAUUUUUACAUUUAAAGACUGAGUGACCUAAAACAGUGUUAAU